GUGUGUGCUGGCAUUGGCUGGUGGCUGUUGGCCGCGUUCGCCUUCUUAUCACGUCUGACGUCACCGAGCGAGCGAAUUUUCAUGUGUUUGUUUUUUUUGUCUAUUUAUUGUCAAAUUGUUGACAAUAAAUUCGUUUUGAAAUUGUGAUGCCGUUUCCGUUUGUAAGAAAAAUGUAAAAUUUACUUUUGUUUCGGUUUUUAACUGUUUUUGGUCUCAUCUACCGAAGCAGUUUUAGGUGCUGCUUAUAUCAGACAAGAUCGUACUCUUUACUAAGAUGACUCGUAAAACUGCUUGCGUUAUCCGGAGGGGUACACAUUACGAUAUAACAAAGAUUAUUUCGUUUGAAACAUUUGCCCAGUUGCUGUCUGCAAUAUCGGCCGAAUUUGGUGUUAAUGCCAUAAGGCUGUUUAGGAUCAGCGGCGAGGAGAUCCAUCACGAAGAUCAGAUAGACAACGAACAGGCCCUUUAUCUCACUAACGGAGAAGAUUUCGAUUGCCAUUCUGUACCCGGCCCUAGUGGCAUAUCUGCAGUAUCAUCUUCAAGACUUAGUCCGGUAAACGAUGAUUUUCCGGUGAUCGAUGAUGAACCUGAUAAUAUCCAGCUGUUAUAUUACCGGCUUCAAACAUCAUUGGUCGUUUUGGGCGAAGUAGCCUCCAACAUUCUGGGCGACAAACCGUUAAAUUCAUCAUCGGAAUCGUCGUCGACGUCUUCAGAAGAAGAACCCGAAGAGAAGAAUAAUAAAAGAAGUAAUAUUCCAACAAGAGGAAAAGAUCCGCCAUCUGCCCAGACGAUAUCACACGAUGUUCUGUACCGGAAUACAUUACAAGUGUUACGAAAGUUGAGAAAUCGCAUUUGUCACGCCGGCAACCCUAAAGAAGCUCAUUUGGCUUAUAAUAGACUGAUUCAAACGCUCUCUAAGCUAAUCGAAUUAAAUCGGCCGGAUAUAAUACAGAGAUUUAUGAGCGUCGAUUUUCAAAUUCAAAUACAAACUGCAAGGAUAGUGGAGGAUUUUUCAGAAGUAUGACAAGAGACUCUGAGUACAAAGUUUCGCUUAUGAAAGAGAGAAAGGCGGAUAAGAAGAUGAUGAAGAGAUUAAAGAAGAAUAAAAAGAAGAAAAAACAUAAGAAAUCGGGUAAAUGAAAAUUCUUUGUAUCGCAGUAAAAAACUAUUCAUUUUUUUAUGAUUCUUCUUCGUUCUAUCAAAAAUUUAAAUUUAAUUGAAAUUGAAAUUAAUUAUUAUUCAUAUAUAUUCCAAUUUUCUAGUACGAAAAAUUACGUUCAAUUCGAACAUUAAAAUUAUUCUUGUCCUAUUUUAAAUUAAAUUAUUUGCGAAAAUUGUAAAUAUCAUUAUUCGAAUUUUCUAGUACGAAAAAUUACGUUCAAUUCGAACAUUAAAUAUUAUUCCUGUUUCAUUUUAAAUUAAAUUGUAUUAUCAUUACACAUGUAUAAAAUCGCGCAA